CUUACUAAUCGCAUUGAAACACAUUUCAGAUGAAUACUGUGCCUAACACUCAGCCGGAUCUAAAUUUCACCAAUUUGUACAAAACGUUGCCACAAAAGAUCACUCCAGUCAUGUCCCAGAACCUGAGCGCACCCAUAGCUUUCGUAACACUCCUCCAUCUAUGCAAUGAAAGGAACCUCAAACUCGUGGGAACCGACGAUUUGUCAAACUUUCGCAUUGAACUCGAUGUUCACGAUAUUCACGAAUAAUACGAACUCUCUGUAGAGAAAGAGACUAAUUAUCAUUAUUCUAGUAUUUAAUGGCAUUUGUUUUUAUUCUCAG